AUGAGUUUCGGUGAAAUUUUUUACAAAGUCGUUUUUCAUUAUUCACAAUUUUAUUUUGUUACAAUUGCUACAAUUCUUGGUGGAGGUGUUCUGGGCCUCCCAACAACAUUGUCUCGUAGUGGUUUUGGACCAUUUCUCAUUUCUAUUUUUAUUAGUUAUUUUGUUCAAGUAUUAUUAAUAUUUUCCUUUACGGAUGUCUUACAAAAAGCUUAUUAUCGAAGAAUUGAAAAAUUAAAAGAGAGUGAGCAAGAAGAUGUGUUGAUUCAUAUAGAUACACAAGAAACGCCUACAUAUGGAUCACACUAUGAUUUGGUAGCAAACCGCGUUGGAGUAUGGAAUAUAAUGACACAUUGUUAUUGUAAGAAAUUAUCGAAUCGACAUUCUAUCUAUAAUUUUUACAUAUUUCAUCAUAUAAUUGUGUGUGUAAUUCGAUGUGUAGUAAUAUUUCUUUCUUGUUUAUCUAUAAUUAUGUUUAAUCAAUGUCUAUCAAUUGAAAUUUUUAUUCAUUUUCUAUUAUUACUUUCAACAUUUGAUUUAUUAUUAAUUAUUAUUGGUGAAACAGCACAUUUUUGGGAUUCAACAGUAAAUCAUAAAAGUACACUGUAUUCAAAAUGUUGUUUAAUAUUUGGUAUAAUUUUAAAUUAUUUUGUAUCAAUUCUUUUUCUUUCAAUACAUUCAACAGUGAGUAGUGAAAGUUCACUUAUGAUUGAAAUAUGUCGAAUAACAACAGAAAAAAAUUUUUUUCUUAAAAAUUUUCAUGAUGAAAAAUCUUUUAUACCAACAAUGAUUGUUUAUGUUCUAUUUAUUUUAAUUGAUUUAUUAACAUUUUCAUGGAUUUAUAUAUCAUAUAAAGAUAUAUAUCAUCUUAAACGAAAAUCUUUAGCAACUGUCUUUUUUCGUUCAUUAGUUUUUACAAAAUUUAAACAAUCUGAACGAUCAUUAAUGGUUAAUCUUAGUUUAAAACGUCUUCUAACUAUAUGUUUAUUUGUUAUAAGUAAUAUGAUUACUACUCUACCAGUAUUAACAAUGAAAAUUUUUAAUAUAUCAUUAAAUAUAUAUCAAAGAAUAUUUUUAAUUUAUUUUACAACAUUACCAUGGCUUGAUUGUAUAACAUUUUUAUUUUAUCAUGAAACGAGAUUUAUUAAGAUAAAUUUUUUUUCAAAAAAAAUUACUUCGAAUGAUAAUUAUAAUCGUCAACACCGUAUUGGUCGACGUUUAAGUUCACAUCAACAGAUAUAUGAUGCAGAAACAGUGAAAAGAUGUUUACCAAAUUUAUAUUCGCUUGGCGAACUAUUAUUGCCAUAUUUUCUUCCGUAUUUAUUUACAUUAGUCAUAAUUUUCCAAAUAAUAAUCGCAUUGGUAGGUUAUGCAUUGGCUGGUAGUCAAGGAUUUGCAGUAUUGUUUCAUGUGCCAUACAUUAAAGUGAUUCCAGGCUUUUGCUGGAUAUUGGCAUUUGUCGUUCUCUUAUUUCAUUCAUUUAUUCAAUCGAUUAUUUCUGUAUUAACUUUCUUCAAAUGUAUACUUUUUACUAUAACAAUCAUUAUAACACUUGUAAUUGGCUCGAAAAUUCGAAAUCCAGUGACAGAUGAUUAUCAUGCUAUCGGAGAUUCGAUUUUGAUGUGUACAAUAACUUUAAACGGUUUUCUAAAUAUAAUGCCAAUGAUGUUUGCUAAAGUUAAGCAAACAAGAGAGGAAAUCAUUGGUUUCAAUGUGUCUAUAUUUCUUGGUUUAACAACAUGCGUCAUUCUAAAUAUUCUUUGGUGUUGGUCAGUGUUGGAAAUUGUUCCACAACAAAGUGUUUGUUUACCGAAUAACUUUAAUGAAUCAAGUCGAAUGGCAUAUAAUCUUUUUCCUGAAUCACAAGAUGAAGGUCAAUGUAUCUAUUCACCUUCAUUAGAAAAAUCUGCAAAAAAUGGCGAAAUUGCAACAAUACCAUUAAGCAUAAUUCUUGAAAACAGAAACUCUACUUAUCAAUAUGUUUCAAUACUUAUUAAAAUAUUUAUUUUCAUAAGUAUUACAGCAUCAUUUAUCGCUUAUGGUUCAGUCCUAUAUCAUACAAUCAAAGGUUUUGUUGAUUCAUAUUGGAAUGUAACAUUCGAAAUUGAAGCAAAAUCUCGAGGUCUUUUGAAAUAUCUUACUAUACAACGAGCUGUUCGAUGGGCUUUUUCGUUGAUAGCCUUUGCAAUUGUAUUUGCAGUUGCAUUUAGUAAUCCAAAAGGUUUUAAAAUAAUUUUGGAAGGAGUUAGCAAUCUUUUAGUAAGCAUUGAAAUUGGAGUUUUUAUUUCAAUAAUGAUCUGUAGAGUAUCAUCGCCGACUUUCAAUUCAUAUAUAAUUCCAUUUCAAUUACCAAAUUGGUUUCGUUAUUGUCGAAAUAUCAUUCCGAUUUAUUUUAUUUUUAUUUUUAUUUUUGAUAUAUAUUUUAUAAUUCAACAUCAUGGUUAG